CUACAAAGACAUCAGGGGAUGUGGACAGCAAAAGCCCAUCUAGAAAAAGAUCUGUGCGCACUAGUUGGAAAGGCUGUCUUUAUAAUAUGAACAUAUCUCCCAGAGUCUACGCCUAAUUGGGACACCUUACUAUUGGAUUUUACUUUGCCUUUGAUAAGCCUACCGUCCAAGAGACAAACAUGUAAACAGAACAAAACAUCUUAAUAAACUUUGCAAUAAUGGGAAAUUAUAAACAAAGGAACAAGGAACAGAUGAGGAGCCAACCAGUCACUUCCCCGAUGUCUGGUACUGGAUAAUAAGCAGUGUUUUUAGGCUCCAGGUGAAACACACUAUGCAAACAGAUCGACGGAGCAUCGUAUAGUUCCAACAUUUUCGUUUCACAAAAGUACAUAGAACUACGUAGAAAACGGAGCUUGUGUAAGGUGGCGAGUUUACGCAUGAAUGAUGGAGGACCUUCUGCGAGACCAAGACUUGUGGGCAAUUAUAAAUGAUUCAUGGACCAACUCGAGUCGCGGUGGAAACGAGACCAGUACUGGGAACCAGUCCAUCGUGAACCCCUUGAAGCGGAACGAGGAGGUGGCCAAAGUGGAGGUGACCGUUCUUGUUCUAGUUCUGCUGCUCGCGUUGGUCGGUAACAUUUGCGUCCUUUUGGCUAUCCAUACGAGCAAGCACAGCCACUCUCGGAUGUAUUACUUCAUGAAACACCUCAGUAUUGCGGACCUGGUGGUGGCAAUCUUUCAGGUCCUCCCGCAGCUUAUAUGGGACAUUACAUUCCGCUUCUACGGGCCGGACUUACUGUGCAGGCUGGUGAAGUACCUACAGGUUGUCGGGAUGUUCGGGUCGACCUACAUGCUUGUUCUAAUGUCCAUAGACAGAUGCUUGGCGAUAUGUCAGCCGCUUCGCUCUCUGCACAAGAGGAAGGACCGUUUUUAUGUGAUUGCCUCUUGGAUGCUUAGUCUGAUUUUCAGUACCCCUCAAGUGUAUAUAUUUUCGUUGAGGGAGGUGGGCAACGGAGUUUAUGACUGUUGGGGAGACUUCGUGCAACCCUGGGGCGCCAAGGCGUACAUUACAUGGAUUAGUCUUACAAUCUACAUAAUUCCAGUGGCUAUCCUAAGUCUUUGCUAUGGCCUGAUAAGUUUUAAAAUAUGGCAAAACUUUAAAAUGAAAACCAGACGGGAUCAGUGUAUGUCUCUGACGCCGCGGGAGUACAAAGGCGCAGCGCUCUCUCGAGUGAGCAGUGUAAAGCUCAUAUCAAAAGCAAAGAUCCGAACUGUCAAAAUGACUUUUGUCAUAGUCCUAGCUUAUAUUGUUUGCUGGACUCCUUUUUUCUUCGUACAAAUGUGGUCGGCAUGGGAUCCUGCUGCACCCAGAGAAGAUGUGGCGUUUAUCAUUGCCAUGUUACUGGCCAGCCUGAACAGCUGCUGUAACCCGUGGAUCUAUAUGUUCUUCGCUGGCCACCUGUUUCACGACCUGAUGAGGUGCUUUGUCUGCUGCUCCUCACAGUACCUGAAGGCCUCACGGUGCGGAGGAUUUGACCAGCAGCAGAGCCGCAGGAGCAUUUCCACCUACGUCGUCAAGGACCAUAGCAGUCAGAGGAGCGUCACUCAGACCUCCAGCACAUGAGGAGUGAGGACCAUGGAGGAGAUGAGUUGGGGUGGGACAGGUUCUCCCUACCCCCGAAAGCCAUUCUUUAUACCAGUCAGAGGAGCAUCACACAGUCCUUCAGUUCAUAAGGACCAUGGGAACACCAGAAGAGGCCUGGUGUGAGGUACUCUCUAACCUUCAAUGACCUUCUCCAUCGCACAGACUCUAGAGGAGUACCAUGAGAGGAGAGGGGGUUGGUCGGGGACCCUCUACCCCCUAAUGGACUUAAGCCCUAUUCGCACUGGACUAGUAUUACUAUAGAAUGUCAGUUAUGUAAUUAUUACCCUAGAAUGUCUGUUUUUCCAGUGGACGAAUCAGACAGGAUUAGUUUUACCAUCUGCCCCUCCUCAUUCAUAUGAUGGAAGCCUGGAGGCUGUUCUAGGCAUGAAGAUAUUUAAACUCGUCUAGGGAUAGGUCUCUUCAGGGUAUCUGGCUACCCUCAGUUCGAAAGUCAAAAUAAUAUCAAUAAGAACCAUGAACUGUGUACAGAUAUCUAAUUAACUAACAUAUUUUACAAUUUAUUAUUGAAUGGGCACAAUAUCAUCUGGUCAUAGGGAAAGUUGAUAUAUGACAAAACAGGUCAUUCAUUUGUAGGCUACGUGCAUAGCUCUUUGUUUAAAGCAUCAAUUUGUUCCCAUGUUCUUCCCAAACUGCGUGCAGCACCUAUUAAACUCUGUAAUAUCCCUCAAAACACAGGGAUGUCGAUUCACACAGGAUAAGUCGAUUUUGGGGGUUGGAAUAAUAACCUCCCCACCAAGUAAAAAUUACUGGCAUGGCAGAUUCGGAUGGGACUAAAUUUAUGUUGUUUUGUACUCGUGCAUUUAAUUACAUUACCCUAUCUCACCCAGUGAAACAAAUCCUGUCUGAAUAGGGCUUUAGACCUUCACCACACAGACCUUCACCACACAGACCUUCACCACACAUACCUUCACCAUCAUCCAGGGAAGUGGAGUUUGUCUGGGCCAGGUACCAGCCAGAGGAGCAUCACACAGACCUCCAGCACAUGAUGACCAUGGAGAGAGGUUGAGUUGGGUAUUCUCUAAACCUAAUAGACCUUCUUCAUGUAAGGUUGGAGGUGGGACAGCUUUUCUCGAAUCAAGACAUUCAUCCAAGGCCGCAGAGUUGGGUUGGACAGGUACCCUGUAAGCCAAAAAGAGACCUUCUGCGUGCAAAGAUCUGCAGUGGGGUUGGCCAGGUACUCUCUACUCCUGACACAAACCUUCAUCGUGUAAAGAACAGGAGUGGGUGGGCAGAUACCCUGUAAGAAACCUUGAAAGAGACCCUCAACAUUUGAGGGACAGGACUGGGGUGGCCAGAUACCCUGAAAGAGACCUUAAGAGAGACCCUCAACAUUUAAGGGACAGGACACCCAAAGGAGUGUUACAAAGGACUCUCCACUCCACACAGAAUACUCAAGCCCUGGAAGUGGGUUAUCUUAACAUGGUCAUUUUGGGGGUGAACUUGUGUCUCUAUCUCCAUGGCACACCCUUUCAUGACCGUCCACUAGUGAUUUCACUAUAUCCAUCGUGUCCCUCUAGA